ACCACCAGCUCAGUAUAAAUGCUCGGCUAGAACUGCGCUCGCUCAUUCAUUCAUUCGACACGCAGUAGCACCCUCCAACCUCAUCAUCUACCCGUCUCGUAGCUCAUCCCCUCGUCUCGUCUCAAAUUGUCCACUUGCCCACUUAUUCUCCCUGAUAGCUUAUAGAAUGAGCAUUUUCCACUCAGCGGUUUCAUCCGACGCGAAUCUCUCAAGCUCCCCCUAUCCUUCUCCCUGGAGCCCGACGCCUGCAGACAUCACCCUAAUCCUCUCCCUAGAAGUCGCCAUCAUGGAAAGCAGCAGUAGCGAAGGUCACAGCCGCCGUAGUAAUAGCGGCGAGGCCGCGACUACAACUAAUAGCAGUCACGCGGGAGCCGCGCGCGUGACUGGAGCGGCAGACGCGACGGGCGAUGAGGUAGUCGUGUCAGAAAUUCAAGCGGAGUGUCUUCAAGCCCUUGCGACUCGAUCCUCGUCAGCUGAGUUCCUCAGCUUCAGUUCCGCCGGCGGCGAAGGUGGCCGCCGUGCGACGGGCAACGGCCUCGACUCGGAGUCGCCCGGCGACUCGACGGCGAGAGUGUCGACUGGCGACACUUCGGCGCCCGAAGUGUCGCACGCCCCGUUUGUCGGCCGUCACGCGAUUCGCAUGGCUCCUCGCAGCUUGUGGGCGAAGAACAUGCUGUACGAUUACCAUGAAGCGACUGGCGACGAUCCGCGAAAGGUCACGCGACGGACGAUGGAGCAGCAGAGUCGGCGACGACGCAGUCACAGCGGCGCAACGGCAGCAGAAAGGGCUCCAGCGACCCGGAAAAACAGUUCCGCGGGUGAAUCGCCGCUUAAUAGACGCACUCCUGCCGCCAUAACUUCCACUGUAAGUACGAGGCCGCACGGCGUCAGCUGGCUCGGAAAACGAAAGCCAUCCGACGAAGUAACGCGCGUGCGGCCACCUGUUGCUGCUCUGGCGGCCGCACCUGCCGCGGCGUCACCGGCGGGCAGCAGACGUCGUAACGGCCCGUCGUUACCGGGUGACGCGUACGAUGACGUGAUGGCGAUGGCGAACAGUCAGGCUGAUUUCGUUAUGAUUGACGACGGGGAAAACGGAUCGUCAGAACCAAUCGUCCCGACAAGAGCCGAAGUACGGCUGUCAGCGAAGCACGGCUCCGAAGCUGCUCUGAAGGUCGAAGACGCCGUCCCCACUUUUGGCGCGCUUUGGGAGCAGUGGAGUGCGCGCCACGAGAAGAAACGGCGGACGGGAAUUGAGACUGGUAGCAGCAGUGACUCGUUAGUGCAAUCGCUGGUGGACGGAGAUUGCGCGGCAAUGCUCGUGGGUGGUGGGGCUGUGAGACCGAGAAAUUGGAAUGGGUGCAGCGAUGUAGCUUUACCAGCAGUUGUUGCCACAAGUGUACUUCCUAGGUCAUCUAACGAGGCCCUCAAUGUCGGGUCAGGAGGUGACUGUGUGAAGCUGUUCGGGUCUUGGAUUGUGAGGGCCUAGCAGGCCAUGGUGGGCACACUUCUGCUCUGCAUACUGUAGCAUACAGAACAGCCCUGAAUAAAAGCAAGCCACCUCAAAGACACGGAAACUGGCGAAGGCAGAUUCAGCGAAGUGCAGGAUGACAUGGAGAAAUAAGCUGGUGGGAUUGUUCAACAGAGCUGUAGUUCAUGUCAAUGUCUCAGGAUUUGGUUCUUGAUUUGACUCCCUCCCACCACCACUACAAUGUCAGCACUUGACGGGACGUUCUGAGGCCUCACACUGUUGCCCGAGGAACGCAAAAGAAACAACAAUGGUCACC